AACCCAUCAGAUUUUUGUCCAAUCAACGCUUUUAUUUUCGAAAAACCCGGAAGUCGUGUUCCUUAACACAGCCAAGAUGGCGACUGCUACACGUGAAUGUGAAUAUUUUGUCAGAGAAAUUGAAAAAAAUGACGGCAGUUACCUGAAAGUAAAGCAGUGCUACAUGGGAGACGUUGGUUGUGUGGUUUGGGAUGCAGCUAUCGUUCUCGCAAAAUAUUUAGAAACGACACAGUUUUACGAGCCGUCUUCGGGGGUGAACGUGUGGUGUGGGCGGACUGUGGUGGAACUGGGAGCCGGGACAGGAGUCGUAGGUCUGAUGGCAGCAACCCUGGGAGCUCGAGUUGUAGUAACAGACCUGGAAGAUUUGCAGACCCUUCUGAGGGUGAAUAUUCAUGAAAAUAAGGCUCUCAUCAGUACUGGCUCCAUAACUGCCAAGGUACUGAAAUGGGGCGAUGACGUGUGUGAGUUCUUGCCUCCGCCACAUUUUGUCCUUAUGGCAGAUUGCAUCUAUUAUGAGCAGUCCAUUGUUCCAUUGGUCGAGAGUUUGAAGCUCAUUUCAGGACCAGAGACAUGUAUCAUUUGCUGCUAUGAGCAACGCACUGAGGGUGUCAAUCCAGAAGUGGAGAGGCAGUUUUUUGAGUUGCUACAACUGAACUUCAGCUGCGAGAAGAUCCCUUCUAACAAACAAGACCCAGACUUCAGCAGUCCUGACAUUCACAUCCUGCACAUUCGCAAAAAGAAAAAAGAAUAAACAGACUUUUUCAAAGAGUAAUUAGACUUUAUUGUAUUUGCUUUUGUAUUUUUUUCUGGAACAAAUUUCAUUAUAUAUUAAUACAGUUGUGACUUGGUGUUUUCUUGACUGUCUUUUGGUGUUCGUUUGGAUGUUUAGGUUGAGAAUUAGGCAUGCUCCUUUGUCAUGUAAUAGAAAAUACAGUAAAAACAGCACUAAAUAACUUUUUCCAAUGAAUAUUUGAUUACCUUGAGGAUGGAUCAAGUUCUUAGAGUAACUUUGGAGUCCUAUCCUGGUCAUCUGUUGCAAUUAAUGCAUGUCACUUUGCGGCACUAUGUUGGACAUUAACAACCACAUUGAGGCAACUGAGGUACUCCAGGAAGUAAUGACGUUAGAGAAAACAGACCAAACAAAUACAUCUAGACAUUUAAAAGUGACCUAACCUCCACAUCUAGGAGAUCCAUGGAGCUAAAAAUUACAAAAGUUCGUUUUUGCUGCUUGUAUGAAAGCACCCUGUUUUCACCAGUGAUUUACAAGAAGCUGUAAAGAUAACACACAAUUCUCUACAUCUCUUUUCUUGAGCAUUUCCAUUAUUCUUGAUGGACAUGAUUUAGCAAAUUUUAACUGUGUCUUUUAUAACAUUAGGACAUUUGAAUUGAAAAGCGUUAAAUAUGACUGAGCGAUGAGCUGCAAGAGUAGCUUCAUUUCUUUUUUGGUUUGUGAAUUCCGGCAUUACUCAUAUUGAGCACCAGGGGGCGACAUUUACUUUGAAGAAAAAAAACAACAAAAAAACAAGUUACAAUGUGCAAGGACUUAGGCAGUCUACUUAUACUUUGAAAGAAACGAACCCAACUAUUGUGAAACAUAUGAGACACCCCACCAAAGUGAAUACCAAAAAAACUAUUGAAAGUGAAGAUAAAUUAGUUUGAGGGCCAAACUAUGUAUCAAAUGAAUAUACAUUGAAAUAAUAAAGGCUAUGCUUUAUUUGAUCAAGGAAGGCUAGAAAAAAAAAUCUACCGGCUUUGAUAACCUACCAGGCUUUAAAAACCAAAGACAAUACACUAAACCUGUCUACACCCCCCACUCCCAUGUGUGGGGAAUUCCAAUCAAAGCCCCAGAUUAAGUGGAAGAUUAUGGCUCUUUUUUCAGGCAUAAAACCAUGAAGUACUCUCCGUGCUCCCAAAGGCAUGCAGGGGCCCCUCUCAGCUUUUCAUGCUGCUCUCUGUGUACACAGUAGGACUGAAGUGUAAUGAGUAGGUUAGCCUCCAAUGCUCAGACCGUAUAAAAAUAUUAAACCUGAACUUGACAUGAGGGGGUUGGAGGCUCCCAUUAAAACACCAAAAUCACUUCAUGUUAGAAUACAGUAAAUGCAAUAACUAGUGUUUCUCUUACAUGCUUACUUGAAAUCUGUUACAGUCUUACAGACAUGCAUCAUGUCAGAAAACUAAUAUCCCAUGCGGCUGUGGUGUGGACGCUGGACGGCCCGGACGUGGGCAGUUUCCCCAUGGUGACGCCCUCAUUGGUCAUUGGUGGGGUGGCUCAUGGAUAGAUCCCCAAGAUAUUGUUCCUCAGCCAGAUGUUUAUGAUUAUGUUUUGAUGUGUAUGUUGAGGGGGGUAUGUGUGCUGUGUGGGUAUCAAUGUGAGGAUGUGUGUUUUUAACCAUGAGUGUGUGUGUUUUCAUAUG